UGUGAUCCACUGGAAGAGCAGGAGUUUCAUGAGCUGAACUACAUUGAGCGGGUGUGGAUCGUGAAGUCUCUCUGCGAUUAUUGCCUGAAGAUCAAGCCAGUUGUCGUGUACCAAGCAGAACAAUGUAAUGACGUGACGUCAGACUACGAGUCAGCCAGGGAAGACUCGGUCAGCUGUACAAGUGAGCAUUCCUCUGUGCUCUCGUUGAGAAUAGCUGAGGAAAGUCCAAACCAGAGCGGCAGAAACAGCAGGUCGCAGACUCUGACUAAAUCAGGACGCAUUAAGGCCAAGAAGCUGCGUCCGUUCGGUAAGCGGCGGCGAAAGUACACGAGACGCCGGUGUGCUAAGAAGUCGAAGGAUGGCGAGAAUGAGAGCGAUGACAACAGCAUGAGCGAUUGCGAAGAUAACGGCUGCAAUAUCGUGGAAACGAAGGUUGGCGUUGACACUAACAAGAGAACAGCUGUUCGAGAUCUAAGCAGUGAGUUAAAGCAUUGCAGCGAGGCGAUGUCACAUGAAGGCGAUGACACGACAGCGCUAAACAAUCGCGCAAAACAUGACACAAUAGUAGUGAACGAUCGUGUAUCACGUGGCACUAGGGCCAUAAACGAUUGCGCGUCGCACAAAACGAUCGCGGUGAGCGGCCGCACGUCACAGGACGCGACGACAUUGAAUGAUAAUGCGUUGCACGACACGAUGGCAGUGAACGGUCGCACGGCACACGACACGAUGGCAGUAGUGAAAAAUUGCAAGUCAGACUACAUUACGGCAGUGAACGAUGAUGCGUCACACGACAUGAUGAGGGGAGUGCGCAGCCUGCUGGCAGACAUGGUCGAGCACAUCGCACUGUGCGCGGAUGCUGGAAGAACGAGCAGCAAGAAACGCGGUUGCAUGUGGCCACACUUCAUCGCCUGUUGCGUGCCUGAAGCGGGAUGUGGUACGGAAAGUCUAAUAUGCACGAGUAAGCACAGAUACACUCGUCUGAAACGGUAUGAACCGCCAACAUCCCUUGAGGAGGCUGAGUUUGUAAUGGUUGCUGACAGCAUGGAGGACCUCAGAGAACUGGAGGUGAAAUUUCGAGAGAAGCAACCAACUACUGUAAAGAAAGGGCGUGCAAAAAAGGUAGUGCAGCCUCCACCGAGACAGCAGUGUGUAGUGGAGCUACAUAAGCGACUGUGCAACAUGCUCACAGAGCUGGGACCCUGGGAGGGCAAGCUAGCGCACGCUGCCCGCAGAGCGCGCGCGAAGCUUAGAAAGGAGUAUGAUGUGUUGCAGAUGAAGAUUAAUCACCACGAGGAAGAGAAAAGUGUGUGGUCGAGUGAGGAGGAAGAACUAGAGAAUGAGGGAUGUGUGUCCGACUCUGCUGUCACUGAGAAUGGCAAUGAUGAAGAGAAUGCAGAGGAAGUAGAGGUGAAAAAUCCUGCAGAUCCUUGUGGAAAUAAUCUCGCGAUCAAGACAGAGGUAGAAGGAGAAGCGAAGGUUGACAACGAUCACACAUUAAAGCUGGACAAGUUCACAAUGGUGGCAGAUAGUACACGGAAAAGACACCUUCGGGGUAAACGUGGUGGCAAAAUGUCCAACGACCAACUGGUCACGAGCACUCAAGGCCGCGUGCGCAAACGCAAGCUGUUGCUGGAUGAAGCUGACAAUGAUGACUCAUCUAAAAAGAAAAAACAAGCACACACUAGCCUUGGUGAGGAAGAUGCUGGUACAGUCAAGAGAAAAGGUGUAGAUCGUGUAACCGCAAAAGGUGUCAUGAACACAAAUUCUAAGUUAACAAAUGCUGUAUGCUUCCCGAAAGCAGGCGAUGUUAUUGCACAGGGUGAUUCCACAGCAGUGCGUACAGUACCAUUAAUGGCAAGGAACGUGCAAGUGCAGCCAUCGCUUGUACGGACAUUAAUACAGCGUCCGAACUUGGCAGUAAAAACCACUGACGCACGACCAGUGUCACCUUCAGGCAAAACGCAAGAGCAGAAGGCAAUACAGGUGCUUGUUCAUGGCAGUGGUAUAGCUGGGUCAAUUCCUUUGUCAUCACUACGUACUGUAGACAGUGGCAGGAGUGACGUGCAUGUUGUCGGCAGUGUUCCGCUGGCCAUGUAUCAAAACAUUAAGACACAAUCCAAGCCUGUCGCCGCAACUCUGGUCUCCCCUGCUACACCGCAGUUGCCUUCCAGGCAAGUGAUGCAAACAAUGAGACCUCCUCUUGGGAAGGUGUAUGUGCCAGUGUACAUCGGUGGCAAAGUGGUGCUUGCUGAGGUUGGCUCACAGCUGCUGCACAAGUCACCACCAGCUAAUAUCAAUGUGAAUACUGCUAGCCAGCAAGCUGUCAUCUCUAACCAGCCUACACUACCUGUUGUUUCAAGUGUGAAUACUGUCGUGGCAGGAGUCUCACCGAUACUACAAGAUGCUGCUGCUAAGUGCAAUCAGGCAGACACUUCUUUUCCGCCACUUUCUGCCACUGCUGUAGUGUCUGGAGCUAGCACGCGUGUCAUUAAGAAAGCUUUAACACAGGUAACGCUAGGGUCACCUGUUGCAGCCGUGACUAAAGUUGUUUCAAGUAACGUCAACAUGCCAGGGAGUGUCAUUGUUCAAGGUGCCAAUGUAGCAUCAUCAAGGGUGAUACUUGCAGGCAAUGCUACCACAAUUGGUGCAAACAAGGUGAUUGGAUAUGAGAGUACUCACGCAGCGAGUGGAAUCUCUCAUGGUAGCAAACAAAGUGUGGCAACUGUAGUCAAAACCUCACCUGUCAUAAACCCCAAAGGGUCCUUGCACAAGAUAUGCUUUGGGCAAGUAGAUUCUGCUACCAGUCGUGGGCCACGUGCUGCCACUGUAGCAGCUGAUAAAUUGUACAUUUGCAACAGUCGGGAUGUGGGUAUUGUUAGAAAAACUGUACCUGCUCAUACAGCAAGUUCUGCAAUGGUACCGGGCGCACGCGCAGCUCCGAACGUUACCUCUCCAAUUAUACAGACCUUGGUUGGAUGUGUGUCAAGCAUCUCUGACAGCUCGACUGUUCCCUCUGCUCCUAUGCCUGCUCCCCAAGCUGUUAUGGGGUGUGCAACAGCAGAUGCGAAAGUCGGACAAGGUGGCAUGAAGACAUUGGAGAGUGCUGGUGUGCAGGGUGGUAGUAUAGUGAAUGUUCUAAGAACGUGUGCACCAACGUAUGCUAAUACUUUACGGGAUGCUGCAGCAGACGUGAAUCCAGAUUGUAGGCAGAGUCCAAAUAUUGCGACAUCGGGUUGUGCGGAUGCUGUGAACACAUCGUGGAAGAAUAAGACGACGUUGGGAUACGCAAUGCAAGCGUCCUCGUCCACGUCACACAUGUCGCCAUCGCUGAAUAGUGCGCAUUCACCAGCUGGGCAGAGAACAUCCGUCAGCAGGAAAACCGGUGAUGUCUUGCUUGAAGAUCGUCCAUGUGAGACAACUGCAGCAGCAGCUGCUCCAGAUGUGCAUGUCUCCUCCCCCACUCUCAAGCAGAUAUGCCAAAAGCCAAUUGAAGCAGGUCACACACAACAAACACUAGCAUUCACAAGUCAGGCAAGCGCUGAUACGAACAGUACUGGUCAGGCAAAAUCUAACGUGGUCACAGUGCUUCAGCCUUCACCUGACGGCAAAAUGUAUGUGGUCCGUGUUGUGCCUGCUACUUCAGUUCAUAAUGCAAAGACACUGGUGCAGGGUAGUGCCCUCAAUACGAGUGGUUUAAUUUCAUCUGCACAGCUAAGAACAUCUGUAUUACCUGCUAGUCAAAAAAUACCUUACCUAAGUAAGAGUUUCCAAUCAAAGCCAAUGCCAACUUUGUCAACCCGAAUCAGUCCGUUAAAAUCUGAAGUAGAACAAAGCAAGGUGGGAAAGGGUCUACAAUUGAAAGAGAAGAGAAGUGCCUUUCAUAGAGAUGUAAGGGAAACCCAAAAUCCUGACAAAUCUGAUGUGGAGAAUGUGAACAUUGUUGGCCUGCACAAACAAAACUGUAUAAUUGGGCCCGGUGCUACCAAAGUGUACAAGCUCGAGCAAACCAUAGCUGUUACAGAUAAACGUUCGAUUUCGGCGAAUAUAAUAGAUCAAUCCAGGGGUAUUAAUCGUGAUGGUGACGAUAAAAAAUUUAAACACGAAAGUGACAUAAAGAUGGAAAUCGGGGAACUUGGUAGGAAGGUAGUUAAUGCUCACACACAGUUUGCAGCUGAACUGGGAGAAGCAGGUGUAAACGACGGAGUAAAUGUUAAAGCAGAACCAGUUGCUGGUACUUUGUCUAGACAUCAUCUUGAACACAGUUCUGUGAAAUCGAAUAGUGUGCAUAUUGCAUCGAAUGGCAUGCAGCCAGUAUCAGCACCAUCUUAUCAUGUUAACAAACAAGUACCACUGGCACCAAAGCCUGUCAGCACGCCAAUAAUGUCUACGUCGCCCUUGAAAAUUGUACCUAGUAUGCAUGUCAGCUCACCUUCCCACGUCAGCGUGGUGAGACCAACCAAAGCUUCUCAUGCUUUUGGUCUGCCACAGUUUUACAGUUUACCUGGUGGUCAAGUAGUAACUAGUCAACUGGGCAGCAUAGUUAGUUCGUCUGUUGCAAUGCCAUCGUCAGGAAGUACUGCUAGCAAUAUUGUUCCCUCGACCACAACAGCUGUAGUCAUGCCACGUGUGGCAUCCAUUGGCACUGUAGCUCAGCAACCAAUGACAGUGCAGGUCAGGGGUCAGUCGGCCAAAAGUGCACGGCAGGUGAUUCAAGGAAUGAGGUUACCCAGUGGUCAGCUAGUAACCAUGAAGAAUUCUGCCCCCCUGCCUGCUGUCAAGGACAUGCAGUCCACUGCAGUUGUGCAACAGCCAGUCUCAGCAGGCAAAAGUGCAGUGGUGGCACCUGGCAUGAACGUAUCACUGAGGGGACCAGUGAGGAUAAUCCUGCCACCAGGAACCAUAGUGCCAAGAUUUGGUUUUGCGUCGGCCACCGUCCAGCGUCCGCUGCUGGUCCCCAGGGCAGCCACAGGGGGGGUAGGUCAGAUUCGCAACUCGUCAAUCGUCGAUGGCGUCAUUACGUUUGGCAUUCCCGGCCAAUCUGUUACUUCCACCCGUAGUGUGAACGUUGAAUCUUCUAGAACCACUACGGUGCGACCAGCAGUCUCCACAGCUGGGCAGGACGGCAAACCCCUCGUACUGAACCUAAGCAGAGACCUGGUGGUAUCUGAUGGAAAUGUCGUUAGACAAACCUCGCUGCUGCAGCAUACCGGAGCAGGUGAAAUGCGUGCGAAUGCGACCAACACACAGGAGCUUGUGGUGCUACAGUCGCAGCAGGGCAAGCUCGUUAAACCGGUAGCUCAGUCCACGCAAUCUGUUCUUUCCCAGCAGUCAAGUAUCUUGGCGGCAAGUGGAAGUGUGGUUUUUACACAGAAAUGAUCGGCAAAACAAGCCCCUGAUAAGAAAAUGUGUGCGAUGGUCAUUGUGUAACAAAUGAAGAAAGUUGUGAUACAGUAAGCUCUAGCGUGUGAUGAUUAUUUACAUACUCAUUUACUGUACAGUUUUAUAUGUGAAUUUGUGGAAGGUUCCACGCCCAUUGUGAAGAGCAUUAUUUAAAUGGAGAUAGAUUACCUAAAAUUACAUAUGCAAUCAUAAGCUGCAGAUGGCGAAGGUUUGGCCAUAUAAUUUUCUAAUAUAUGUAUAUUGUAUUUGAUAACCCUGUAGAUAAUAUAACAAGAUCAUGAAAGCAGAAAACUGCUGCUUUCAGUAAUGUAGACGUAAACCGGAACAACUGGCCAUUUUCUGGUUAUGUUUUGCAGAGGAAAUCUCAUUCUCGUUACUAGAAGCGUGUUUAAGACGAAUUACUUGCGUUUGACAUGCUACUAAAUUCAGAUAACAAAUGCAUUCCAUUCAUAUACACUGUGUCAUGAGUCUAUCAAUAUUGUCCCCCCCCCCUGAUUGGUCCUUGAUAGACUCCUGAUUGUGUUACCUACUAUGUGAUAUGCUGUUUUGCGCUUGUAAUUUUGCCGUAGUUUUACAUGUUAACAUUUAUAGAGAAAUUAUCAUUGUUCAACAAACCAUUGGCUUGUUUAACAAAUAAGGUAAUUUAAAGUUGCAUCACGUAAAUGAUAUUCAACUCGUAUUAAGAAUAAGGUCAUCAAUGGCUUAAAUGUAAUACUCAAGAUGUAUAGCCACAUAUAUAGCCUUGAACAACUUUUCAUUCGACACAAUACUGGUUAUUUUCUGUUAGUUGUAAUUUUCAUUAUUUUAUCUUAUGUGAGCCGUUUCAUUUCUAAAAAUAAGAAAUAUUGUAAUAACAAUCUAUUUCAAUACUAUUUCAUAGGUUCGCUGUGAAAUCGAAACUCUGCUUGUAUCCAAAGCACGUAUAAUCAUUGUUCGACCCUGUAUGUUAUCAAGAGCUAAUAAUACCAGGUAUUAUUAUUACUAAUACUAGGUAUUAUUAGCUCUUGAUGUUAUCUAAGGUGUUUUUGUAUGUGUACCGAAAGUGCUGAAUAUCUGAAUAUAUAUCGACAGCAAUUUUCGUAGUUACUGACUUGAAAGGUCUAAGGUUCCCAGCUGUCGAAACAUACUCCAUAUCCUUCUUUGUAUAAAUAACAUCACCAGUUUCAUAGACAUCAUGUGAGAAUAAAUCGCGCAGGCGUUUUUCAAACUAUUCUUAACCACGACAGUUUGGAUGGCUGUGAACCUAUGGUUCUUGUGUAACCACUUCCCAGAUAUGACAAGCAAGUCAAUGAGUUUCAUGUUUAAUAGCUGUGAUGCCUACUUGCAUUGCUAGUAAAACUUGCAAUAAUAAAUCGAAUUAUUAUGCUUUCGGAUUUGGAAAUUUCAUGGUAUAUUUUAUGAAUGAUUAUUUGUAAUAAACACCAUUUAUCUUG